AUGCAAGGACACAGCUUUAAAAAUUAUACGCCGUCGAAAGCGUACGACUGUCAUGUAAAAUGCUUUGAGGAGAAAUGUAAAUGCCAGGCGUACCAAAUAACACAAAAUCGAUGUGAGUUGCUGGAAGAAGACAGGUUUUCUGCUCCUGAAGACUUUCUGGAGGAAAAGGGAUACACGUACUACGAUAUGAAUAGAGAAUACGUCAACCAGGUAACCGUUGAAUCUAAAAUAUGUCUCCCACUUUGCUAAAGGUAGACAUGAGAGUAAUCAUUGCAUUUCGGCUUUCAUCAUUUUCCUCUAGUCAAAUAGUCAAUAAAACAGGUUCCAAUAUUUUGAUAGAUCGAAAUGGCUUUGCACGGUUUUGGAAGGUUGACGUUUUGAAAUACUGGUAAAUUAAUGCAUCUCAAAGAGAUAUUCUGUUUUCUUGUUGCUCUCUUUUAAGAAUGUGGUGAUUUAAACAGGGGCACCCAACGAGAAUAUAGUUCAAAACCACUUAAAUAUAGCAUUGUUAAACGUGUUUUAGUAUUUAAAUGGUAGAUAUAGGGAUACUUUUAUCCACUAAAAAUUUUUCAUCUGUUCGGAUUUCCUAACUGAAAGUCUCUUGAUCCGAAAAUUAUAGGGAUCAAAACUUACCUUUUCGAAAAUUUCAGCCAGGUGACCUUUUUAGGGUAAAAAUCCGUUAAAAAUGGGCAAUUAUACCAUUUUUUUUAGAUAUUCGAAGAACCUAGGACAGACAGACAAGCAAGAAAUUUUACAACAAAUGUUCCGAAAACUGUAGAUCUCAAAUCGUCUUCCGAACAGAUAUUUUCCGAAAAUUGACGUUGGGUGCCCCUGAUUUAAAGUCCUUCCCCUUAAAUUUAAGCAUCUUUGUUUCUUCCGAGACUAUGGUCUCUCGUUUGAAAUUAAGAACUUUUGGUUACCCUUCCCCUUAUAGGUGCAGUCUGUUCGAAUCCUAGAAAUUUUGCAUGGAUGAACAAUAUCUGUAACUCAUUUCAAAUGGCUCCCGUGUUUCCUUUCCUAUUUUGAGACAAGGGACUUGUUUACGCAAAGCAAUAACGCUCUAAGCACUAAGCUCUUUACAAAACAUGCCCAUGUUGUUGACAGUUUGUAAGGCAAGGAAUUGGUUUAAUAGAGUAAAUAUUUCGGAGUUUGCUUGGGAGUUGGCAAACCUAAAAGCUCAGCUCCAUUAAAAAAUAAGUGGGAAAUAUUCAUAAAGCACACUAUAAAAAGAGAGGUUCUAGCAAAUAACAUUAUAAUAUAAUGCAUAACGAUUAUUCGUUCAUGAACUUUUAACAUGCUCUCCUGUUGUACUGUAGACAUUUGCAAACAAGGCUUGCAAAGAGCAACCACUCUUUAACCUGUGCUGUAAUCAGAAUCCAUGUGCCAAUGGGGGCACCUGCACUGAGUUACGUGAAAACGCUAAAAACAAGUUCAACUGCACAUGCGCAGUGGGAUAUUACGGCAGGUAUUGCCAAAAACUAAGAGCAGUAUCUUGCACAGAGCAGCUGCAGAGAAACGAAGGAAACCAAGCUGGAGUCUACGAACUGUUUGACCCAGCGAAUAGGUCCAUGUACGAGGUCUUCUGUGAUGCCAUCUCUGAAAAAGGGUUCGUUUGGACUUUGAUCGAAUCUUUUACGCUUCGAAAUAAUAAUGAAUUUGCGGACAAAGCAUUUUACAAACAUUAUCCGGUAAAUCAGGACGCCUUUUCAUGGAACAAGUUUCGUUUCUCUUAG